AUGGGAUGUACAUGUAGCAGUAAAAAAGACUAAUCUCCAAACAAGACAACUUAAUCAGCACAAUAUGCUUCAGCCUAAUUAUUUGUUAUAGCUGAAGCUAAAAUUUAAAAAUUCUAUAGACCUCAUCAAUAACUCUAAAAUGUACUUAUAUUCACUAUAUAAAUAGAUCUCUAAUAGUACAAUUUUAACAAGAAGAAGAAUAAAUACGAAGAUAACAGAUCUCAAAUGUUAGAAAACUAAAUGA